CGUGGCCGCAGCCCGCCGAGGGAUCGGAAAAUCCGCUCCGAACGCUCGUCGUAUCGUGAUGCUCCGUACAAAAGGGACUCUCGCCGCAACUUCAGGAGACCAGAACUCUGCAUGAACUGCAAGAGGCCUGGACAUUAUGCUAGAGAAUGUCCUAACGUGGCAGUCUGCAACAAUUGCGGUCUUCCUGGCCACAUCGCUGCUGAGUGCUCCACCAAAGCCCUCUGCUGGAACUGCAAGGAGCCCGGCCACGUAGCCAGCCAAUGCCCCAACGAAGGCAUCUGCCACACCUGUGGAAAAUCCGGACACCGCGCCCGUGACUGCCCCAACCCCCAACUCCCGCCCGGUGAUCUCCGUCUAUGCAACAACUGCUACAAGCAGGGCCACAUUGCUGUCGAUUGCACGAACGAGAAAGCCUGUAACAACUGCCGCAAAACCGGCCAUCUCGCUCGAGAUUGCUCUAACGAACCCGUCUGCAACCUCUGCAAUGUAUCGGGCCACGUCGCUCGUCUGUGCCCUAAGGCUGAUGCCAUCGGGGGUGACCGAGGCGGCGGCGGGGGCGGCUUCUACCGUGGCAGCGGCGGUUUCCGGGAUGUCGUAUGCCGGAGCUGUAAUCAACUUGGCCAUAUUAGCAGGGAUUGUGUGACACCGAUGAUGAUUUGUCAUAACUGCGGGGGCCGCGGCCACCUUGCUUAUGAGUGCCCGUCGGGAAGGUUUUUGGAUCGUGGGCCUCGAAGGUAUUGAGCUUAUUGGUUUAAUGGUUUAGUGGAAAUGAGGUUUGGAAACUCUUUAGGUGAGUUUUUCUUGGUUUGAGUAUCUUUAAUUUGUGUUUCUCUGUUUGUUUCUUAUUGGAUUCGGCGAGUUAUAACACUAAGAGUUUGUAUUUGAAAGGAUUUUUUCUACUAUUCUGCAACUUAAAUUUUCUGCUU